GAUCGCCCACAUAUCGAUUUUGAUCUUGGCAUAUUACCUCUAAAGACAGGUUGGAAAAGAAAGGCGAAAAGCAUCUCCAUAUAGAACAGCGCAAUCCUCUCAGGCUCUUCGGAGCCGAUUGAACGAAAUCCGCAGGAAGACGAAAGCAACGUCUAGAAUUGGCUCCGUGGCUUUGCCGUAAGCAUCUUCGCUGCCUAGGAAACCAGGCGGCCGUCACAUUCCAGCUGGGAAAGAUUUACCUUCACCUCCUAAUUUUGCAUAACAGGAGACGGCGACCAACACUCGUGGCAGCCACGCACGGUAUACUAUGGAAAACCUCAUGGACCUCCGCUCCAGUGAAGAUGGAUAUAACAGCAGCAGCAUUGUUCUUGAAAAACAAGUAUUUAGAUCAAAAGUGCCAGAAUCACAUGUUCAGCUGGCUUGCAGCCUCCAUUACUGUGCUUUUCCCUUAAAUGGAAAUGAACUUUGUAUUUGGAAUAUGAGUGAUGAGCCCAACCAUCAGCCAUUGCGUUUAAUAGGUCAUCAUCACUCAAUUACUGCACUGGCAUUUGGGACCAAAGUCGAUCCUCUCCUUAUUUGUUCUGCUUCACAAGAUUAUGUGAUAGUUUGGAAUCUGGAUGAAUGUACAAAGAAGGUGCUAGAAGGGUUAAUGCCACAAGGUAUUGUGAUAGGAACACUUCUGGGGAUGGUGCUUUAUGUUCGCUUUAGUCCAGAUGAUCAGACUGUGGCAGUAUGUGCUGGUAAUCGAAUCUACGUGCUAAAUGCAAAGUAACAGCAUUUCCUCUUUUAAGUCUCUUUAUUGAUGAAGCAAAUAAACAGAUUAUUACUGGAUGUGCAGAUGGACAGCUAUGGAUCUUCAGUUUGAUUAGUGGACAUAAGUAUCGCUCUGUAAUUCAUAUUAAUGUAAAGAAAGAGAGAAAAAAGUUUUACAACAAAAUAACAAAGUUCGAGCAUUGGGAUCAGAUUCAGAAUAUUUCCCAGGCAUCUAAUAUAAGCAAUAUCGAAGAAGAAGAUGCGGUUGAAACUACCUUUCCAAUCCUUAGAAUGGAACACUGUGAUAAUCCAGCAAAUUUUGGUGAUAAAGAAUCUAGAUUUCCUGAUGUGGGUACCCAGUAUUUGUGGAUUGGAAGCUCUACUGGUUUAUUCAUAAUUAACAAUGCAAACUUUGAGUUGGAAGCUGCUUUACAUUACAAAGAUUUCACUGGUCUUAGUAUUCAGAUUGCUGGAUCCUGUGCUUUAACGAGGAAGGCAGUCAAUGGUAAGGUUUUCUGUUUGCUAAGUUCUAUGUUGGAGAACAAAAUUGUUUUACUGGAAGUUAACGUUGCUGCUCUGUUGAGAUGCCAACAGAAUAGCCUCCUUUUAAGUGGAAGGGAGGAAGGCUUUUCUGCAGUUGCAAGAUGUCCUCUUCUUGUGACCUCUCCGUUGUACGCGAAGAAGGAAAAAGUCAAACUUGUAAAUAAAACAGGUACAAAAAACCAUAUAAAAGACAAGCCAUUGGUUUUUCAUAACAAAAUUAAAUCAUCAGGUUAUACAUCAGCACCACACAUGCUCAUGUUCUCCCCAAAUUCCAAAGUAAAACACAACAGGUUGACAUCGGAAUGCAAGAGGAGUUGGAGACGAAGAAAUAAGGAAGACUAUCCACUUGGAAAAUCUCCUCCAACCGAAAGUGUGAGGCAAAUUACUGUAACUGAUAAACCAACUCCCAUAUGCUGUAUUCAGUAUUCAGGAAAUGGAGAAUUAUUGGCUUGUGGUUUAGCUGACAAAACAUUGCUGGCAUUCAAAUCAAACCUUAUAGGAGAACCAACUGUUUAUUCAGGACACGAUGGCGCCAUUACCUCAGUAGGUUGGAGCCAUGACAACAAUUGGCUUGUUUCAUCUUCUGAAGACAGAACAUUAAAGAUCUGGUCAGUUAGCAGCGCAGAACCUGCUUUAUGUCUGGGAAAGGAAAUAUUUCACAAAUCUGUCCGAUCAGCCCAGUUCUAUUAUAUAGAUACAUUCAUAUUACUGUCCUGUGGAGCAGAAUUUUAUUUAUUAAGAUACUAUCUUGACACCAGUAAAGAUGAGAUAAAACGAUAUAGAACGAAGAGUAUUUGCAAAUCAAUACAGAAAUUUCCAAUGGCGUCUACAGUGGAAAUUACUAGCCUUUCAGCAGUGAAUGAUUUCUAUUCCUAUAUUGUAUUGGUAGCUGGGAGUAACCGAGCACUAGAAAUAUUUGACCUCAACGUGGGCUGCAGUGCAGCUGUGAUAAGAGAUGCUCAUUCUAGAUCAGUUCACCAGAUUUGCCAAAAUAAGGGAUCAUCUUUUAGCUGUCAACCACAUGAAGCUUACAAUCUCUUUUUAACAGCAGCCAUUGGUGAUGGCAUCAAACUUUGGGAUUUGAGAACAUUGAGGUGUGAGCGUCGUUUUGAAGGUCAUAAUAGCCGCUGUCAUCCAUGCGGAAUUAGUGUUUCUCCUUGUGGCCAGUUCAUCGCUUGUGGAUCUGAAGAUAAAUGUGCUUAUAUAUAUGAGAAGCAUUCCAGUACCUAUUCUUAUAAACUGACAGGACACACUGAAUCUGUAACCAAUGUGACUUUUAAUCCAUCAUCUCCCCAGCUAAUUUCAGCUACCUUGGAUGGCAAAUUGCAAUUGUUUCUACCCCAAUAACAAUCACCCCUGACAUCUUUGGUGUUUCUGCAUUGAGAAUUAAACUUCUUGAAAGAAAGAAAAAAGAUUAGUAGCUGAGCAUGGUAACUGGGAAAACUAGCAAAUUUUAGUUAAAUAGUGUCUUCCAGAUUUGUUCUACUAUUUGUCAACCAGCUGGGAUUUGCUUUAAAAAAAAUCUUACUGCUGGAAAAGCAGCUUCACAGGUGAUACCAAAUGAUAGAUUUUUAAUAUUUUGUGUGGUUAGGUUAUUUUUAGCUCAAGACUUAAAUUUCUGUAGUGUUCUAAUACAUUUUACUGAUAUUUUGGAUGGUUGUUUUAUGACCACCCAAUUUUUUAUUAUUACAUAAAUUAGAUAAAACUUUUGUUAUUCAGUUCCUUGCUAACACCUAAUCCUCAAUAAUAAAGGAACAGUCUACUCAUUCCUCUUGCAUCUUGAUUUAAUUACAAAGACCGUCUGAGAUGCUAAGUAUUUCCUCUGCAUUUGGAAAUUCUAACAAUAUUUUAAUAUAUUUCAUGUACCUUUGAUUUUAUGUGGUCAAUAGACACUAUUAUGCAAUGCAUUUCUUUUUCUUUAAAAAAAUUCUUUAGUUGACUAAUGAAAAUGGAUAUAACAUAUGGUUCUUUAAAAAAAAGAAUAAUAGCAAAUGCAAUUUGCUCAACUGACUAUUAAAAUAUCAAUAAAGACAGGUAUUUUUUGCAGGAUUUUUAAAAGUUAAUUUUUAACUGCUUAAUGUUCUUUCACACAACUGUAAAUCUCCUGGAAGAAAGUAAAAUAAGUUAAUAAGGUAAAAUAAGUAAAAAUAAUAAAUAGUUUCACCAUUCUCAGAACCAUAACAAUGGAAGCUCAGUCAAAAUAAGGGUCACUACUGGUUAAGACACAUUUAUUUAACUAGCUAUGCUUUCCGUAAUAGGGAAACAAGUUAUCAUCUGAGUACAAAUUCUUCAGUAAACUAGUCAGAAGAUUUUUGAACAAUAGGGUGUUGAUGUUCAAAAUGUCUUUAAUUAAUGGGGGAUAGUUAUAAUACUUAGGAAACAUUUAAUUAGAUGUAAUUGUAUAUUAAAAUAAAUCCUGCUGAUAAUGAAAAAAGCUUGAUGGGAGCAAUAGUCAAUAUAUUAUUUUCAUAAUGGCAAGCAUCAAUUUGUUAUGCUAAGAAUCCUUGUAGAUUAUGGGUUUAAAAGAAAUACUUUGCCAUAAAAGAAGGAAUAUCAUCUAAUGUUUGACAUGUAGUAACAAAAUAUAUCUGUUGGUUCAGUCUUCAAAGGUAUCCAUACUUUUAGCAGUAUGAUUGUUGAAAACACAGGUGCCUCUGAAGUACUAGAUCACCAGUAGAGUAUUGUUUGAUAGGACUUCUCCUGCUGUUUAUAAUGAAUUUAAACCCUUUGUACAAUAUUUGAAUAGACCCCCCCCCGCCCCAUUUAUACAGAAUAAGGGUCUGCAGUGACAUAGGAGAAAGGGUGAAACUACUAUAAUAAUUUCCACUUCUUCAACUACGGCGCACUCCCAUUUUUCUAGAACUCGUUUCUCUUUUUCAAUAUUAUCUGCCUCUUUGUCUCUAUUCUGCCUCUCUCUGUGUUUAUAGGAUAACUGUCUAUUUGAAAAGUAACAUGAAAUACAUGCUUGUAUUCCAUAAAUACAGUACCAGUGGAAAUGUAAAAGAAGUAGCUGAAGCUGCAGGUUGCAAAAAGUCAUUACGUUUCUUGUAGUGAAUCUAUGUAUCAAAGACAAAUAUCUGAAUUUUUUUUGUUCCAAACAAUGAGUGUAUAAAUUGCUACAUUUGAUAGGCUAUUCAAGUUGAACUUUCUUAUCAUUGAGCUAAAAGACAAGAUUUCUGCAGUUUUGUAUUUGAAUUCUUUAUGUCAUGUUUGUACAUUACUGAGAAGGGAGAAUUUGGUUCCCUUAAAGCUGUGAGUAAUUGAUCUUCUUCAAUGGAUAGACUACCAUAUACCAUCUGUUGGGUGUAUUUAACUUUUCUUUGCUGACUGAUCAAUUUGGCAAAGAUUCAAUGCAAAUUAGCAAAUCCUGUUUUGAGGAAAUAGCUAGUGUAUAUAUUAAUUACAAGACUAGAUGAUUUUCAUAGAGAUUCUCUAGGCAGUCCAACAAUUAAACCAUCCAACACUGACACAAAAGAAAACCAUUUCAAAACAAAAAUGAUCAACAGAUGAGUAGCUGUUAGUUGAAAGUUAGGCAAUCAGAUCAUAGUCAUGUAUGAUCUAAACAUUUCUCGUGUAUUUUUGGUUGUGUUUGGACAAUAUUACAAGGCUUAUUGCAAGACUAAUUGCUGCCCCUCUGUUGAUCAUUUUUGUUUUGAAAUGGUUUUCCUGUUGUGUCAGAAUUGGAUGUUUCAAUUGUUGGAUAGUUCUGAAAUAUCCUAUUAUAUACACUGCAAACAACACAAAGACAAAGAUGCAGGCAAAUUGAUCAAAUCAAUAGUUUAUUUCUACAGUUGUUUAGACCCCAGAUGUUUCGGUAAUUUUUGAAAAAUUCUCAUUGGUAGUUUGAAGAAAAUUAAUUUAAAAAAACCUGUACCAAACUGCUAGAUUUCUUUACCAAUGAUCUCUCCACCACAAUAAAUUGUUAUUUCUGAUUAUUCUA